AGUGUGUUGUGUUUACUGCAUUUGAUUGCUGUUUUGGUGUUUGCCGGUGGAUUCUUCCCAGCGAAAUCGAAGUCAAGAAGUCAGGAAACAUUGCAGUCACCCGGUACGACGGCCAGAAAUUCAGAUGUGCUCAGAGAGUUGAUCAGAGAUGAGAAAUGUUUCGAUGAAUUGAUGAAACGUCGGUCGGAAUUUGGGAUUUUUGGAGGGGUGAUGCGAAAAGAUACGGAUAAAUUGGUGAUAAUGGUGAUUGAUGCGUGGAGAGCGGGAUUUUACUUUAGUGAUAAGGAGGGUGAUAAGAGUGAUAAGGGUGUUAUCAGUGGU